AUGGCGUCGAAGAUCAGCCACAUCCCCGCCGUCGUCAGCUCUCCCGCGCUCAUCGCCGCGCUGCUGAGCUUCAGCAUCGCGCAAAUCGCGAAAGUGUUCACGCACUAUCACGCCACGGGCAAGGUGGACUACUCGCGGAUCGUCGGCUCGGGCGGGAUGCCGAGCUCGCACACCGCGCUGGUCGUCGGCCUGUGCACGUCGAUCGGACUGAAGGAGGGGAUGCAGUCGAGCAUAUUCGCGCUGUGCCUGGUGUUCUCGCUGGUGGUCAUGUACGACGCCACGGGGGUGCGCCUGCACGCGGGACGACAGGCGGAGGUGUUGAAUCAGUUGAUCGUCGAACUGCCCAGGGAUCAUCCGCUGACGGAUUCGAGGCCGCUGAGAGACACGUUGGGACACACGCCGAUACAGGUGGUGGUGGGGGCGAUAUUAGGGAUGUCGGUGGCGUACGCGCACUUCGUGUACUGGAUGUCGACGUAUUCGCUCUAG